AUUUGAUCACACAAAUCCACCACUAAUCAUAUAUACUCAUAAAGAUGGUUUGUAAGAGUUCCCAAGUUUGGCUGCUUUUGAUCUUUGCGAUACUGGCUUCGUAUGCGUACACAGAGAGGGUAUCGGCAGAUAAUAAAUACUGCCCCGCGGAUAAUCUCGAAAACGUCGAGCAUGUGGAUUUCCAAAAUUGUGGUUACGAUUACAAAAACUGCAAGCAAUGGUGUCUAGAUCGUGGCAAAUGGUUCGCCGAAAACUAUAUAAAAAGAAAAAAAGGAUCCUGGAAUAGUGGGUUCAUCACUUUCUAUAAAAGUGAUUGUAUUUGUUGUUGUCGAGAUGCCAUAGCUGGACAAGAUCCACCACCAUCAGUUCUCCCACCACCACGAGCCAAUAAAUAUUGUCCUGCCGAUAACAUCGAAGUCAUUAGGAAACGUCGGUUCCUCCUUUCACCCUGUGCUAAUUUUGAUGAGUACGACAAUUGCGCGGAAUGGUGUAAAAAACGUCUCAGAAACUACGCUACAAGACUUCAAGGAGGUGAUGAGGAUUGUGUUUGUUGUUGUCAAGAUGCCACACCACCACCACCACCACCAUGUCUUCCUUCAUCACCUCCUCCUCCACCACUACCAACACCACCAUGCCAAGAGUGUGUAUGUGCUCUAAACAAUAGGUACUGUCCUGCGAAUAACAUAGAACGCGUUUGGCCGAAUAUGAUCUGUGGUGAUGGUGCUAGUACUGACUUCAAGCACUGCCAGAGUUGGUGUGCAGUUCGAGGCAGAAGCUACACUACAAAUAGAUACCCACUAAAAGAUGGUCGAGAUGAUUGUGUUUGUUGUUGUGGAGAUGCCCUGCGACCACCACCACCACCUCCUCUACCAUCUCAAGGUUAAUUGCCAAAAUCUCAUGGUUUCAAAAGUACCCUCAAAACUUGCAAGACAGAAAACAGAUAUUAGGGGUUGUAUUGCAAGAUAUCGCACUUGUUGUAGUGAGAUACCUCAACCACCACCAGCUCUUCCAUCAACUGUAACAUCGUAAAAGUGUAUUAGUAAAUUAGCUACAUACUACUAUCACGUUAUCAUAAGCUAGCUGCAGCCAAUGUGAUCUAUGUGUUAUCGGGUCAUCUUUAUUAUGCUUUUCAGUAACAAUAAGCAGCAUCGUAAUUUAUAAUUUGUUUGUUUGACCAAUUCGUGUUUUCCAUUCAUGUAUUUGUAUCGGGAAAAUGCUGGUACAUCGUAACUAGGCAUUUUAUAUGCUUUCCGAUGAAGUAAUAGUAUUUGUGAUGUA